AUGUGCUUAGAGUUUCACUCACGCACCGUGUGUUUUUCUUUUUCAGGGCGACAAGAUGAGCUUCCUGCUCCAAGAAACGAGGUAGCGGCCCUGGAGGUCGUGGUCGGCCCUGCACCUCUUCCUCUUCUUCCCUUACUUCGGCCUGUCGAUCCUGUACCUGCUGCCUUACCUUUGCCUCUCGAUCCUGUACCUGCUGCCUUACCUUUGCCUGUCGAUCCUGUACCUGCUGUCUUACCUUUGCCUGUCGAUCCUGCACCUAUUGCAGGUGACUUUCCUGUCGAUCCUGCACCUGGUGCAGGUGACCUUCCUAUCGAUCCUGCACCUAUUGCAGGUGACUUUCCUGUCGAUCCUGCACCUGGUGCAGGUGACCUUCCUAUCGAUCCUGCACCUGUUGCAGGUGAUCUGCCUCUUCUUCCCUUUCCUCUGCCUGUCAAUCCUGCACCUGUUGCAGGUGAUCUGCCUCUUCUUCCCUUUCCUCUGCCUGUCAAUCCUGCACCUGUUGCAGGUCAUCUGCCUCUUCUUCCCUUUCCUCUGCCUGUCAAUCCUGCACCUGUUGCGGGUCAUCUGCCUCUUCUUCCCUUUCCUCUGCCUGUCAAUCCUGCACCUAUUGCAGGUCAUCUGCCUCUUCUUCCCUUUCCUCUGCCUGUCCGUCAUCUUCCUAUUGCAGUAGACCACGCACCUCCAGGUGUCGACUACGCUCCCCCUGUCUGGCCAGGAAGAAAUAUACCAGGGAUGUUUCCCGUGCUGGUUGCGGCACCAGCUGCCUGGCAUCCACACGCUCCACCACCUAAUAGGCCCUUCAACUUCUUUGUCAUCAACCUGACAGCCAGGGACAUGAUGGACUUCCUCGGGCAGCAGCAGCAGGGACGGGGAGCGUUUGUGCCAGCACAAAGGAGAUACUUUGCUGAAGCAGACAGGAGACUGCAUCUCCCUCCUGUCCCUCCUCUCCCUCUCCCUCCUCCCCCUGCUCCUGCUGCUCCUCACGCCGGCGAGUCAGUGUUCAAGCGUAUAUGGGUGUGUGUAUCUUCGUUUGUUCGUUCAGUCUUAAACUUUUUUAAGUAAUUAUGAUGGUGUGUGUGUGUGUGUGUGUGUGUGUGUGUGUGUGUGUGUU